GUGUGGUCCGUGGUCCGUGUCGGCAAGCUAAAGCAGUUUUUGUUUAUUUUCUUUUCAGGGUUUAAUGUACUCUCCUUGGUCCAUUUAUUAAUAAUUGUUGUUUGCUUGAACAAAAGCACUGGCAAAACGAAUGCACCAGAUUCAAUUACAGAUGGUAUGUUGAUUACGAAUCUCACAAUGUCAACAGUUUCGCUGAUAAGGAAACUUUUAAUUCAACCUUAGAGCUGUGUUUUAUCUUUAUUGCUUAUUAUCCAGCGAACUACACGCGCUUAGACAUCAGCGUUUAUUUAUAAAACUAAAAGUUAUGGAUGAGAGUCUCGUUUCAAUUUAAAACAUAAUAAUGGCAUCAGUGAAAUUAAUAAUUGUGCUCGUGCAACUUUUUUUAAUUGCCGAAAGUGCCAGUUUGACUUACAUAUUGAAGAGGGAUAGGGCGAACUUGCAGCCUAGUUGUGUGGCCGAAGGUUUGGAUCGGUAUUCGGCUGUUGGAUGGAUUUAUCCCAUGCCCGAGGAUGGAGUUUUAGUACCAAAUUCAACAACGAAAUAUAUACCGUCGUUACAAGACGAUUACAACUGCAAAUUUUCCAAAAACGAUAAGUGCAAUUUCAAAUGGAUAGCGCGAGACUGGAGAGUAGACGAAACUUCGUCGAGAACAAGAGAAUUUAUCGACGACAAUCGAUGGGAAGACUUACCUGUUGUAAUGAUAAGCAAUUCGUCGAAAGAAUUCACUCAAAGAUUUUACUUGGAAAAUGCUGCGAAAGUGGGAUUUUCAGUACGAAGUAACGGAGCUGUCGAAGUGUUUUUGAGUACAGGCUGGAACCCGCACAAUUACCCUUCUUACUAUUUUCGUAUAGAGCAACAAGACGUAUAUUUUGCUAAAUUUUCCAUGCUGACUCCCGAAUUUGACUAUAAAUUAUCACAACUAGAAUAUUCAAAGAGUUCUUCAAAUAUCAUUGCUGGCGAUGAAUGGCGAAGUUUCGAAAUCGGCGUAGAUGAAACAGGAAACGUUACCUUAAUCGACAAAAACAAUAUGGACAGAUUGUUAAUAAGUCAUGUGGAUAAAGAGCCUUUGAAGCCAUCAUAUAUGCUUAUAAGAAGCUUUCAACCUAGUUUAUGGAAAAUUAUUCAAAAUUAUUUCAUGUAUACAGAAACAGCCCAAAUGACGAGAUUAGGGCCACAAAUUCAAACUGGCUACAAAGAUUUAUGCGUUUCGUUACUAGUAGCCAGUUGUAGUAACUGUAAAAUGUCCUUUUUUUAUAUGAAUGGUACCAAAAGGCAGCCAUUAAACCAAGUACCACCCACCAAUGAGAAAUGGAUCGAAAUAAAAUUGAAACAAGAAAACAUUAAAUUGAGCCGAUUUAAUUUGUUUAUUGAAACUGAAUUUGUCAAUGGGACAAAGGAGGAGUCUAAAGGAUGGUGGGCUUAUGAUAAUGUAAGAGUUUGUAAUGAAAAUGAGGUAAAAGUUAGUUACUUGAAACUAAAUCAAACUUUUGCGGAAGAUGAUUCCACUGUUAAUAGCAUUUCUUGUCAGCUAAUCAAAAAACCGAGCUUUAGGCCACACACUCUGGAAUACGACGUCAUUGAAGAUGAUAUUUUUCCAGAAUUUCCAUCUGUGGAUAUAAUUUCAAACGAUACUAGUUUAACGUUGAAAUGGCCUGAAGAAGAUCCUGAUCGGUAUCUUACCUAUUUUAUUUAUUAUCAGGGAAAUGACAUCUGUUCAUCCAGUGACAUUGCUACUUCUACGAGACUUUCAUCUGGAGGAUUUUUAACAACAAAGCACAAUGAAAUCAUAAUACCAAAUCUGAUACCUUAUACAAAUUACAAUAUCACUCUAUCAUCGGUGCUUCAUGAAAAUGACAAGUUUCUAGUGACUAGUACUUUAGCUACAGCUGAACCAAAAAUCGAAGAACUACCAAUCCAAAUGCACAUUAGACCGCUGGACAGUGCAGUGAACGUUUCCUGGGACAAGCCGAGCUGUAAUUCGAUUUCCGGCCCUCUAAUCUACAACUUAACAGUGUGGAACGAAAAUUUGAACUUCACAAAAGGCCUAGACUAUCAAACUGGUACUACGUACUUAAUCGAAGGUCUCAGGCCUUAUACCAAACACAAUUUGACUGUGGCUACUGCACGCAAUGCCAGAAAUCUUAUGAGAGGCUCGAAUGUUAAUCAGUUGACUUACGAAUUUGUUACUUUGCCUGCAUUGGCACCAUCUGUAAAAAACCUAGAACUGUACGCAAUUGGUACCAACAAAGCCCAACUAAGGUACGAUCUACCAUCAAACUCGCGCGGUACGCCUGUGGAAGUCCAGAUAACCAAAUGCAACGUUUUAUCGUUUGCCAAAUGCAAAUCCACCAUAUCGAGGAUAGCCAGGUGCCCCUUGUGGCCCCAAAAAAUGUGCGCAGACGUGGAUUAUUUGAUGCCCUAUCAAAAUUACAAUUUCAAAGUUAGCCUGAAAAAUGCUAAUACUAACGCUUUUGGAGUGGAAAGUUUGAUUAGUGCUGAAACCAUUGAAAGAGUCCCAUCCGCACCAGGAAAUGUUACCUACCAAGUGGUUGAUUGUCACGAAACCAUUGACUAUUGCCAUUUGAAUAUUAGCUGGUUGCACCCGUACAAUCCUAAUGCAACCAUAUCUCAUUUCAAUAUUAUUUUAAAUAGUACUUAUUUCAAUAAUUCUUAUUCGGAAGAAGAUCAGACAAUGCACGAAGUAUUGAGAAUUGUCAACGAUACUUACUUGCCAAGAUAUACUUAUCAGGUAAAAUAUGUUCCUUACAGUCACGAAUACAAUCUAUACCUACAAUCAGCAAAUAGUAAAUACAAAAGCGACUUUUCAACUGCCACAGUGAAAACGGCAGAUUUAGGUGAUCACAUUGAUCAAACGCCAAAAUUAUUGGGUAAAGGCGACAAAGCAAUUGUAUUCAAACUACCACGUUUAGAUAGAAGAUUGGAUUCGUACACUCUAACAGUAGCCGUACAAGAUUUCAACGAAAACCUCCCACUGAAAAUGGAUUCAAUUGAAAAUCCUAAAUUGGCAGAUCAUAUUUGUCAUCCCUACGGAUCGACGUGGAUAUCGCAAGUGCUAAAAGUCAAAGAUAAUCAAACCAAAACUGUAACCAUAAGCGGAUUGGAUGAAAAAAGAGCAAUCAAACCAAACACGAAAUAUUGCAUUAUUUUUAUUAUAACAAACAAAUAUCGCGGAGAAGAGCACGAUGUAGUGUAUUAUGAAAAAUUAACUACACCUGAUUCUCCUUCGUCUACGAAAGAAGAACCAAAAUCAGGUUCUCUUAACCACUUAUACAUGUUACUGUUACUGCUACUAUUGGUACCAAUAGGCUUUGCUGUUUACUGGUUUAUUAGAAGAAGGCAACUUAAGAGACCCAAACCACCAAUUGAAAACGCUUACGAAACGCUACCAUUUGAGGAGCACGAUAAAAACUAUGCCAAUAGAACUUAUGAUUAUCCAAAACACAAAUAAGUACUUAUAUUUGGUUAACAAAACGAAAAUUUCUGCCCUUCCUCUUUAUCUGUGAUAAUAAUAUACAAAUAAUUGUUUUCAGUAGAACAACGCAAUAGUUGUAUGUAGAUUUAUUAACUGGUUACCAGGAUAUACUAUUACCGAAACCAAAAUAAGGCAGCUUAAUGGAGUAACUAUUUUGACUUAAAAAAAAAAUAUAUAUGAAAGCUGUCAUUUAGCUUUUUAAUAUUGUGCAUUUUAAUUAAGCGUACUUAUCUUUUUUUGUUAGUUUUUUUUUUUAAUUGAUUAAUAAACGUGUCAUAUAUUUGUCUUAUUGAAAAAGAAU